AUGCAGCAGCGUACACAGAAUGCCGCGCCCAGUAGCCGCGAACGUCACACGACGAAAUAUGAUCAAUCCAAAACAGAGCCCACGCCAAACGACGAUGCCCUCAAAUUCAACCCCAACCAACGCGUCCUCCCUGAAUCAAUAUCCUCGCCUUUCCUCGAAUACCUCAACCCGCGCUCCACCCUCGCGCCCCCGCACCCCUCCCCCCUCGCCGCCCAACUCCUCAACAUCGACGGCGUAACCUCUGUCUUCCUCGGCCUCGACCACAUCACCGUGACAAAAGACACGUCUACGCCCUGGGCGCACAUCAAGCCCGAAGUUUUCGCCAUCAUCAACGAAUUCAUGACCUCGGGACAGCCGCUCGUCAACACCAUCGCGGACAAGGGCAACGAGCAAGGCCAGGGAAACUCCGAAGUCGACUCCCUCGCCUACGACGAAAACGACUCGGAAGUUGUGCAGAUGAUCAAAGAACUGCUGGAGACGCGCAUUCGCCCAUCUAUCCAGGAGGACGGCGGCGAUAUUGAUUUCCGCGGGUUCAACGACGGGCAGGUUUUGUUGAAGUUGAGGGGCGCGUGUAGGACGUGCGAUAGUAGCACUGUGACGCUCAAGAAUGGCAUUGAGAGCAUGUUGAUGCAUUAUAUUGAGGAGGUCAAGGGCGUGCAGCAGGUGCUGGAUCAGGAGGAGGAGAUUGCGAUCCAGGAGUUUGCCAAGUUUGAAGAGAAGUUGAGGCAGCAGAAGGGGCCGGAUGCAGCGCCGUCGACGGUGGGGAAGGGUACUUUGGAUACGGUGCAGUAG